AAUUUAGCAAUGGUAGGCAGGCAGCAUAGGACAAAGGAGCAUAAAGACAUGGACACACAGUGUACUGUUAGGACAGAUAUAUGUCUUUUCAUUUGAUUACAGGUAUGAGCAGUCCUUCAGCUCCAUCUACUGGACACUUGUAGAUAUUUCCUGGUGUUAGUUAUUUGUUUAAUAAAGUUAGUUAUUGACCUCUGAUGUCGUAACUCCAGGUCACAGGAAGUAGGUGUUUCCAGCCUGUGCAGUUCAUCUCAUGUGCUCUCAGCUUUCUCCAUGCUAAACAGGCCCUAUGCAGCAUUGUUGUUUUACCCUUUCAUCUUUAAAUACCCAUUAAACAAGUUAACAACUUACACAGUGUGGUGCUUUGAAGAAGGGUUAUCUGCCUGUCAAUCUUACUUCAGACAGUGAGCAGGACAGAACAGUAGACAACAUCACGCAUAGCUGAUGCAAUACAGCACAGUAAAACAACAGCUGGUAUCAAGAGGCCCACACGCAGAGUGGAUUAGCAAAUACCACAGAGAUACAGUACAGCUUCAGUUAACACAGUACCACGUGCUAACUCUUAUCAAGAUUAGACGGCAAAAUGUCCGAACGAUCAAUCAAGACCAGAUCUAGGGUGUCACAUUCAUCCAGACUCUCAAACCGCUCCCAGGUGUCUGACGCUGCGCUUUUCCGUGCAGAAGCUGCCGCUGCACUAGCUCAACUCACAUUUACUGGGAAGAAAACUGAGCUAAAAUUAGAGAAGACACGCUUAGAGGCUAUGAUGGAGGCAGACAAGGCUCGUCUGGCAGCUGAGAAAGAGGCAGAGAAGGCAAGGUUAGAAGUGGAGGCAAAGCUUCAAAUGGCACGCUUAGAAGCUUCAAUAGAGAUUCUUAAUUUACGUAAGACGGUGGCAAUUGCGAAUGCCAAGGCAGAUGCAUUAGAUGCAGUUCUCGACACUACAGAACAAGCAAGUCAGAAAUUCACUAUGCAGCCUGAUGUAAAACCAGAAACUGCUAUGCAACGUACUAAAGAAUAUGUGCUGAAACAUUCACAGGAGUACAGUCCAUCAAUGCCAAGCCUAGAAAAGCUUAGUGAAUACAGAGACAGUGAUGUUAUCCCAUCAUUUGAGCAAAAUCAUAGUAAACCUCUCCAGAACAUUCCUUUGCAAUGUGACUACAAUGUGCCCGUAGUUACCUCUACCCCACCACCAGAUGGUGCUCUGUUACAAGAACAAAAGGAUUUCAAACAAUUGUAUCCUGUUGAUGUGAAAACUCCUGCAGCCAGAUACUAUAAUGACAUUCAGAGGACUUUACCUGUUACUAAUAAAUACAGCUAUCCUCCUGUUACACAACCAGUGGUUCCUGAUAGAGGCAGUCAUUCUCCAGAGGGAGCAUACCAGUACACACCAGAUGUGAAGCCAGCGCUUCCUAUUAAGCCUGAUUCAGACCAACUUUCUGGCAAUCGGCAGAUGUCAGACUUAGUGAGAUUUAUGGCACGCAGAGAAAUGAUAACAUCAGGCCUUGUUCAGUUUGAUGAGAAGCCAGAAAACUACAGGGCUUGGAAGGCGUCAUUCAAAAAUGCUAUAGAGGAUCUACACCUUUCAUACAAAGAAGAAACAGAUCUCCUAGUGAAGUGGCUAGGUCCAGAGUCCAGCAGACAAGUGAAAGGCAUUCGGGCAGUAUAUGUCAAUGAUUCUUGUAAAGGACUACAGAUGUCAUGGCAAAGGUUGAACGAAGAUUAUGGAGCUCCAGAGAAGAUAGAAAAAUCCCUGUGGGACAGGAUUGACAACUUUGGGAAUAUCUUUGAAAGAGAGUGCAGCAAGAAACUUAGAGAAUUCAGUGAUCUGGUAAUAGAACUGUUGGCAGCAAAAAAUGAAGGUUGCUUUCUAGGACUAAAUAAUCUUGAUUCCGCUAGAGGAAUAGAAGACCUUGUAAAAAAGCUGCCAGAUUCUCUAAAAAGGAAAUGGGCAUCACAUGGGACCAAGUACAAGGAAAUACAUAAUGUACUAUUCCCACCAUUCUCUUAUUUCGUGCAAUUUAUCUCUCAACAUGCAAAGAUGUACAAUGACCCAGGGUUUGCUCAGACGUUCCAGACCUUUGGUGACAACAAGCCAGAGAAAUACCGCUACAAGAACACCCCUCAGAGAAGUUCCAUCAGGGUGCACAAGACUGAAGUAUCUCAAGCUACAGGAAACUCUUCAGCUUUUACUGAUGCCAAGACCAUGGACUUAACUAAAGGAUGUCCGAUUCAUCACAAACCUCAUCCUCUGUACAAAUGCCGAGGCUUCAGAGGUAAGUCCCUUGAUGAGAGAAAGACUUUCUUAAAACAAAACAAUAUUUGUUACCGUUGCUGUGCCUCAAAUGCACACCUUGCGAAAGACUGUGACAAAUCAGUUAGCUGCACAGAGUGCAACAGUGACAGACAUGUGUCCGCUCUUCAUCCUGGUCCUGCACCAUGGUCAGUCAGGCCUCUAGAAAGGAGUGAUCAUGGCGGGGAGGGAAAGGACAACAGUGCAGAGGCUACAGUAACUGCAACAUGUACUGAAGUGUGUGGAGGAGAUCUUCGAGACAGAUCAUGCUCUAAAAUCUGCUUAGUCAGUGUCUAUCCUACCGGACAAAAAGACAGGGCAAUCAAACUUUAUGCUAUUCUAGAUGACCAAAGUAAUAGGUCCCUGGUCAGGUCAGAGUUCUUUGAAAUCUUCGGUUCAAAAGGCCACCAGUUUCCAUAUUCUCUCAGAACCUGUGCAGGGGUGAUUAACACUUCAGGAAGAAGAGCGCAAGGGUUUGAACUACAGUCUCUUGAUGGCAAAGCCACAAUCCCAUUACCCACACUCAUUGAAUGUAAUGAGAUACCAAACGACAGGACGGAGAUCCCAACCCCAGAGGUGGCUCUUCAUCACAAACAUCUAAAGUCACUUGCUAGUGAGAUACCGAAGCUUGAUCCAUCAGCAUCUAUCCUUAUGCUAUUAGGAAGAGACAUAAUUAGGGUCCAUAAAGUGAGGCAACAGAUCAACGGACCACAUAACGCUCCCUAUGCACACAGAUUAGACACAGGAUGGGUCAUAGUGGGCAAUGUAUGCCUGAAAGGAGUCCAUAGACCAGACUUAGUACACUGUCUUUACACCAGAACUUCAGAAGAGAGCUGCAGAUCCCUCUUUCCACCUUGUCCAUACUUCUACAAUGUGAGGGAAAACUUUGACAUGAAUGUAUGGGUAACUAUGCAAUCCUCAGUGUCUACGUACAAAUCCUCUUGCAAAGAGUUUGAGGAUUAUGUAAGCCACAGUAUCUUUCAGAGAACUACAGAAGAUGAGACGGUUGCUCCUUCUCUGGAAGAUCUUGCCUUUAUGAAAACAAUGAAGGAGGGUUUCUACAGAGCAGAAGACAGUAGCUGGGUAGCUCCUCUACCCUUCAAACCACAAAGAAAGCAGCUACCAAAUAACAAAGAACAAGUCUUGCAAGGUUUCAGGUCCCUACAGAGGUCUCUUAAAGUAAAACCUGAGAUGAGACAGCAUUUCUUUGCAUUUAUGGGAAAGGUAAUCCAAAAUGGCCACGCAGAGAUAGCGCCACCUCUCAAUCCAAGGGAAGAGUGUUGGUAUCUGCCUCUCUUUGGAGUCUACCACCCCAAGAAACCCCAACAGAUUAGAGUUGUCUUUGAUUCAAGUGCACAGUGUUGUGGGGUAUCCCUGAAUGACAUUCUGUUGAAAGGCCCAGACCUAAAUAAUAACCUCCUUGGUGUGUUGUUACGCUUUCGCAAGGACACCAUUGCAUUCAUGGCUGAUAUCCAACAGAUGUUCCAUUGUUUUCUAGUUAGACCUGAAGACAGAAACUACUUAAGGUUCUUCUGGCACAAAGACAAUGACCCUACACAAGACAUCAUAGAAUGGAGAAUGAAAGUACAUAUCUUUGGUAACAGCCCUUCUCCUGCAGUGGCCAUAUAUGGUCUUAGACAAGCAGCUUGUCAGGAAGAAAAGGAGUUUGGCGCAGACGCUAAAAGAUUUGUGAAAAGAGACUUUUAUGUGGAUGAUGGUCUGAAGUCAGUACCCACUGCAGCUGAAGCCAUUGACCUCUUGAACAGGACAAGAAAAAUGCUAGCAUGUUCAAAUCUCCGCUUACAUAAGAUAGCAUCCAAUAGCAGUGAUGUAAUGACUGCCUUUCCUUCUGAAGAUCAUGCAACAGACUUAAAAGAUCUCAAUUUCAAUGAUGAUGAUUUACCCAUGCAAAGAAGCUUAGGCAUCUGCUGGGAUCUUAAAAGCGAUUCCCUGACCUUCCAAGUGUCAUCAGAGAAAAGACCCUUCACACGAAGAGGAGUCCUCUCUACAAUAAACAGUUUGUAUGACCCUUUGGGGAUAGCUGCACCAGUAACCAUUCAAGGGAAAGUUCUUCUUCGUGAUCUCACCUCUGAGACUCAAGAUUGGGAUGCACCCUUGCCUGAAGGUAAGAGACUGUCAUGGGAAGAUUGGAAAGAGUCCCUUCACCAGUUGAAGCACAUACAGGUAACUAGACCCUAUGUAUCUGUUUCUUGUUCUAAUGCUAAAUACAAAGAACUUUGUGUGUUUUCAGAUGCUUCCACGCAAGCAAUUGCAGCAGUGGCCUACUUAAAGGUGAUAGAUUCUGAAAGUCAGGUCCACAUAGGUUUUGUGCUAGGAAAAGCUAAGUUAGCCCCAUGUCCAGAACUUACAGUCCCACGACUCGAACUCUGUGCAGCAGUCCUCGCAGUGGAUAUAGCUGCAUUCAUAACAAAAGAAAUUGACACCAAUAUAGACUCUGUCAGCUACUUCACAGACAGCAGAAUAGUUUUAGGCUACAUUUGCAAUGAGAAAAGAAGAUUUUAUGUCUUUGUUAGCAACAGAGUUCAGCGAAUAAGAAGAUCCUCUCUCCCUGAACAAUGGCACUAUGUGUCAACAGAGAGCAAUCCAGCUGAUCUGGCCACAAGAUCUGUAUCAGCAGCACACCUGAAAGAUACUAUGUGGUUCACAGGUCCACCCUUCUUGAGUCAUUCUCACCACUUGAAACUAGAGACUGAAACCUUUACAUUAGUGGAUCCGGCUCAAGAUACAGAGAUUCGUCCACAAGUUACAACCUUGAGUACAACAUCCAAAGGUAAAGAACUAGGGUCUGAACGUUUUUGCAGGUUCUCUAGCUGGAAUACUUUGACGAGAGCAUUAGCACGCCUCAUUCAUGUAGCGCAUCUGUUCAAACAAAAAAGAGACAGCCAACUUGAUCAUUGUAAGGGCUGGCACCUUUGCAAAGAACUAAACUUGGUGCAUGACUUUAAGAAAGCUAGAACAGUCAUCAUACAAAAUGUUCAAAAAGAGACUUUUGCAAAAGAAAUACAGAGCAUUUUAGAAAAGGAAGGCAUGCCAAAUGAUAGUCCUCUCAGAGCAUUGGACCCUUUCAUAGAUGAAAAUGGACUACUGAGAGUAGGUGGUCGCUUGAGAAAUGCAGACCUAGGACCAGAAGAAAAGAAUCCAAUUAUUGUGCCUGGUCAUCACUACAUUGCUACCCUCAUUGUUCGUCACUAUCACAUCCAGUCGCAACACCAAGGGCGCCACAUUACAGAAGGAGCCGUCCGCUCAGCAGGAUACUGGAUAACAGGAGGAAAGAGAUGUGUGAGUAGUCUCAUCUUUAAAUGUGUCAUAUGCAAGAAGCUCAGAAAUACUUGUGAAACACAAAAAAUGGCAGAUUUGCCACCUGAUAGACUGAGAACAGAUCCACCAUUCACUCACAUUGGCCUUGAUGUAUUUGGGCCAUGGACAGUCUGCUCAAGACGUACACGAGGAGGCUCUGCCGACAGCAAAAGAUGGGCAGUUCUUUUUACUUGUCUAAAUAUCAGAGCCAUUCAUAUUGAAGUGAUAGAAUCCAUGGACACUUCAAGCUUUAUAAAUUCUUUCAGAAGGUUUUUUGCUAUACGUGGUCAAGUCAAAACUAUCAGAUCUGAUCGUGGUACCAACUUCGUUGGAGCAUGCCGUGAACUUGGAAUCUCUUCCAACCUUAACUAUGAAGAGAUAGAAAGUUUCCUUUCCAAACAAGAGGUGUGUUGGAUCUUUAAUCCUCCUCAUGCCUCCCACAUGGGAGGUGUGUGGGAAAGAAUGAUAGGAGUUGCAAGAAGAAUAUUAGACUCCAUGCUUCUACAGUUACCUUCAAAACUCUCUCAUGAGGUUCUCAUUACUCUAAUGGCAGAAGUGACUGCAAUAGUGAAUUCAAGGCCUCUGACCCCAGUCUCAUGAGAUCCUGAGGACCCACAAAUACUCACUCCAGCUACACUGUUGACUCAGAAGUUUGCAUCUCAUCCUGUACCUUCUGGGAACUUUGAUGGUAAAGAUCUCUAUAAAAGACAAUGGAGACAGGUUCAAAGCCUAGCCAAGGUCUUCUGGGACCGGUGGCGCAAACAGUAUCUAUCUACCCUGCAGGUAAGAAGGAAAUGGCAAUCAGAUAGACCUAACAUCAACGCAGGAGAUCUUGUCCUUCUAAAAGAUCAACAUACCAAGAGGAAUGAAUGGCCUAUGGGUCGUGUAACAAAGACUUUCCCUGAUAAAGAUGGCAAAGUUCGCAAAGUGGAAAUAAAGAUUGCCAGAGAUGGGAGUUCUACAUUAUUCUUCAGACCAGUGACAGAGCUCAUCCUUCUUCUUCAGGCUGAAGACCCUGCUCCCUGAUUGGACUAGAAUAAUUGUGGUGAUCUUACAGACACCAGGCGGGGAGUGUACUGUUAGGACAGAUAUAUGUCUUUUCAUUUGAUUACAGGUAUGAGCAGUCCUUCAGCUCCAUCUACUGGACACUUGUAGAUAUUUCCUGGUGUUAGUUAUUUGUUUAAUAAAGUUAGUUAUUGACCUCUGAUGUCGUAACUCCAGGUCACAGGAAGUAGGUGUUUCCAGCCUGUGCAGUUCAUCUCAUGUGCUCUCAGCUUUCUCCAUGCUAAACAGGCCCUAUGCAGCAUUGUUGUUUUACCCUUUCAUCUUUAAAUACCCAUUAAACAAGUUAACAACUUACACAGUGUGGUGCUUUGAAGAAGGGUUAUCUGCCUGUCAAUCUUACUUCAGACAGUGAGCAGGACAGAACAGUAGACAACAUCACGCAUAGCUGAUGCAAUACAGCACACACAGCUUGUUCAAGGAAAACAGCAGUUUAUUUUCCCUUUUUAAACAAACUUAAAGAGUCCAUUAUCCACAGACACAGGGGUGACCAUUCUAUCAUACAAACAAAAUCAUAAAAUAAAACC